AUGAACGAUAAUGCUGAGUACAUCCGCAGAUCGGUCGAUCCAAUCUUGGACAAGCUUGUUGCCGCAAUGAUCACCGGUACCUACUUACAACAAGAACCUAUAAGAAAGAUAAUAUUUCAAUUCAGAUUUUAUGACUCACUGUGACAACCUUCAGUGCAAAUUAUAGUAUCAUGUACGAUAGCAUCAGAAGCAGCAACAUGACUAGAAAUAGUAUCAUUUAAUUUUCACACGUACUAGCUACUUGGUAGCAAGAGCCAGUGUCAUUUCUUGCACUGAUGUUGAAUGACUCACUGAUGUCUACAGAUCGGCCUGAGGAUGUGAUGGGCUAUAUGAUUGGAUUUCUAGAAAAGCCUGACCCCGCAUCGGAGCAGCAGAUGAGCGAGCUGCGGGAAAGAAUAAAGAUGGUACAAGGUGAAGUCGAGGCACUCGAGGCGCGCGCGGCGGCAGGUACAACCUCUACUGAGGCACCGGCUGCUGGGGCUGCAAGUGCUGCCGCAGUAGUAGACACGGCUAGUAGCGCACGGGCGCCCGCAGAAGAGGAGAGCAUAGCUGCGAAGACAUCAGAAUCGAGCGGUGCCGCAGCACCUGUGGAGGAUGAAGAGCCAGCACCAAGCGAGGACAUUGAUAGCGGCGAAGCAUGAUGGGGUGCAAGUAGUAGGAGGCCAAGGGGGGGCUGAUAGAACAGUAUGAGAUAGAAUUGAUCCUGAAACCCUACAUUUCAGCUAUUCCCGUUACACUAUCGUAUUUACAGGAAACUUGUCGGAUUAGUAGACUCGUCUGGAGAAGAUGGAGACACUCUCCUCGUGCUCCCGUGUCUGAUUGUACCAAGUAGACUCCUAUAAAGGACCCAGAACUUGCUCCACCGGAAAU